AUGGUCCGGAACAAGAAGCCCCACACCCUGGGGGGUACCCCGCACCGCCCGACCGGGACGCUUGAUGAGUUCGUGUGCACUCCGAGCACACUAAGCUGCAGCCGACCGCCUGACAACAUGGCGCCCGGCUCCCCAGGCAGUGAAAGCGCGGGAGAGCCCGCCCUGGACGGCACGCAGGACGACACACUCGCACUGAUUAAACAGGAGCUGGCAAUGAUCUCCGCACAGAUGCUCACCAAGGCAGAUACAGGGGAGCUCCUGAGAGAACUUCGGGCAGCCAUCAAAGAGGAAGUUGCAGCCCUGAGGAAGGAUCUCUCAUCAGUGGAAGUAAGAGUGGAGGCACUGGAAACGGAGGCCCAAGCGAGCCGCGCGCAGCACCAAGCGGCUGAACUCGCUACCACGCGCCAGGGGAACAUGCUCCUCUCCCUUCGGCGCCAAGUUGAAGAUUUGGAGAACCGCAGCAGACGUCAAAAUAUCCGGAUUCGGGGGCUACCCGAACCAGACACAGCGCCACUACAAGACACGCUGCAGGCCCUUUUCCGGCAGAUCCUUGGAGAGGAAUGCCCGGGGGUGAUCAAGCUGGACCGGGCACAUAGGUCCCUGGGGCCGCAGAGGCCUGAUGGCAGGCCACGAGACGUCCUGUGCUGCCUCCAUGACUACAGCCUUAAGGAACGCCUCAUGACAGAUGCCCGAGGAAUGGCGGAUAUACCCUUCCGGGGAGCAAGCGUGGCCCUAUACCAGGACCUGUCCGGCCUCACCCUGGAUGCAAGAGGGGCUCUCAGGCCCUUAACGACGACCCUGCGGGAGAAGGGAAUAGCCUACCGGUGGGGCUUCCCCUUCAGCCUCCAGAUUAGGCAGGGGAAUGCCUGGAUCCACGUGCGCUGGCCAGAAGAUGUGCCCCGAGCCUUAAGAGCCUUGCGCCUACCACCUAUCCGCAUCAGGAAUUGGCUUCUGGAGACCCCGCUCGCACAGCUGCACGAAGUGGCGGAGGAAGGGCGCCCACCGUCGCCCCGAGGAGAAGGGAGCGGGCCCCGAGGAUGCUGGGAGGCCCGAGAGGCGUGGAGGAGUGAGGAGAGGAGCACUCGCGGCCUGGCACCAGCCAGGCCGCAAGGUACUGGGGGGGAGCCAGGAUACGGGUCUGCACCUGCCCAUAGAGGGAGUAGGUUAGCCAGGUGGGGUGGGAGGCGUAGGCACCUCACAAGUCGCGGCUCACCCCGAUCUGAAAGGGAGUUCAUGGACACGGGAUGUCGCUUCUUCCCCUGCCGGGGCCCGGACUGCCGCUCCUGGAGUAGGGACUGGCCCUCCAUUUUGCCCCUGGACUUGCUACACUGGGAAAGUUUAGGCUCAAGGAGUCGUAGGGUGCUCACUGGGCUUUGGGAGGGCACUGGGGGAGGGAAUCGGGGACUGCACCCUGGAAGUGGGGGAGGACAUGGGCAAGGUCCUGGGGGACUGAUGGCUACGAGGUGGGGGGAGGGGAAAGCACAGAGCGGACCUGCAUUUCUUUCGGGACACUUAGCAAUCUGCCCCCUCAUGCUGGGCUGGAGGGGAGGCGGGAAGCCCCGCAGCUCCCCACUGCACCCAUGCGAGACGUGA